ACGAUGGCGACAUGUCUCAUCGCCGAAAUAUUGUGCCCGUUGGACACUAUGAACCGGCAGUAUACCCGUGGACUGUUCGAGCGGUGCAGAGGCCAGGCGUCUCGGUGCCGCUGCUCUCCACUGUGCACAACCUCCUGCUCGACGCUGGAGAGUCCCUCCACAGUGUGGUGACGCGCAUCAUGCUCUUCUACGCCACCGAUGGGGUGCUCAAUGUCCUCUACUCCAGUUUCAUCGUGGUGCGGAUGCUUAUGGGGGACAGAGAGCGUCCUCCAGAAUAUCAGAUGUUUCUCACCAGCCUGUUGGUGUCAUGGAAUGCAGUGAAUCUAACAUCGAUAAUCGUCUGGUGUCAUCUCACAGUUCUAGAGGCUAACAACUGCGGUGGAUUCGUCCACAGGGCUUAUAACGAAUCGAAGGUUCCUGAGACAAAAGAAAAGUUGUUGCUGUUCUCCAAGCAAUUGCUUACACGGAAACUACGUUUCACCUGUUUUGGUUGCUUCUCUGUAGACGCUGCCUUUUUCUUUACAUUAGCCGAGAUAGCAAGCUCCUAUCUAGUCGUGCUGAUACAACAACAGCAUGACGCAUUGACUCCAGUUCCAAUGGAGAACAUGACUACAAUCACACCACAGGUCACAUUAACCAAGGAAGACGGUGAUGCUGUGACAUCAAUCGCGACAUCAAAUAUGAGUGUAAACACUGUAUUCUGGAAGUAAUAAACCAAAUAACCGACCAGAAUCAUUGCACAACCUAUUUGUAUUUGUGAAUUAAAGCAUCUCCAGAAGUGAUAUAUUUUGUAUUUUAAUAAUUUACAUGGUGAAAUUUAGGUCAGUAGCGUAAUUAUUUCAUAAGAACAAGUGCAGUAAAACAAAAUGUAUUCUGUAAUGCUGGUUAAUGAUAAAACGCUCACAUUUUAAAAAACACAAAUAACACAUGUUGAUAUUCUUAAGGUAAAAUAGGGUGGCGAGCAUGAAACUAGUAUAAAUUACCUUUGUAGUAACUCUUACUUCUUUAGUCUGGACUACAUUAGUAAAUUAUUUCUAUAGCAAUUUACUCCUUUAGUAACUGUUGGAGAGUUCUAGUUCUAUUUACUUCUUUCGUUGUAACUAAAGUAUUAACGCCUUUUUACUGAAGAAAUAAGCCAUUUCUGCACGCUGCUGGCACUUUCAUUAGAUUCGCUCUCGGAAAAUAUUGAUUGUCAGCAGAUAUUAUUGCAUCAUCUUCUGCAUAAUGUAAUUUCAUCGCUAUAAGUUUAGAAGCUAGAAAGGAUUAGUAAAUUUAAUUAUUAAAAUUGGAAAAUGUAAGUGCUAUUGUACUAAUUAAUGAUAAGAUCUGUAUAUUAUGAAAAAGGAACGUGCUAUUAAUGGAUGAUAUAUUGUUAACCCCGCCAUCUACAGCUACCAACGUCCGUUGUUGGUUGGUGACAUGUAUUAAUUUAAGCGCCAGUUUGAGAUACGAGCUAUCAGCAACAUGGCGGUAGCCAAGAAACGUUCGAAACAUAUACCAGAAAAUGAAAAAGAACGGUUUGUUGAAAUAAUGAAAAAGUACAUAACUACUAUUGAAUCUAAAAAGCGCGAUGUCAACAUGCUAAAAAGCAAAAAGGUUAUCAUGAGAAACGUUGAAUACAAUGGAGAAGCACUUACACAAAGAUUACAGGAUGAGCUGAAAGUAAUUUGGAAGGAUAUGAAAAUUAAAGCAAAGAAAAUGAAAGCUAAAUGUAAUCGAGAACAAUUUCAAACUGGCGCUGGAGUAGGUGAGUCGAAGACUGACGAUAUAAGCCAAAUGUUUGUUGAUAUGGUCCCACAAGUUUUCGAGGGAAUAAUUGGAGUUAACGACAAUGACACAUCUUAAGAUAAUGUGGUACUUUCAAGCAACUUCGAUGACGAUAACUGCUCUGAAGGUAGCAACGAAACUGCUGAAAGUGGAACUUUAUCCCAUAGUCGUCAACCUCGGUGUGCAUUCUCUUGUGGGACCUUAUCUGAAGAUGCGCCUGUCAAAAGAGGGAGAGAACAUGCGGUUGUAGUGAAUAACCGAGAGUUGUUGAAAAAAGCAGAUGAGCUUCAUACCUUAAAAAUGGGUUUCAUAUGAGAGGAAUACAACGCAAAAAUGUUAUUAAUAGAAAGACAUAGAGAAAUCGUGGAAGAAGAGCAUAAUCUUAAAAUGACAAUUAUGAAUAAGUUCAAGAACGUAAUGGAGUAAACUUCAGGUUCCAGUUCUUCAGCCGAUGUGCUUGAGAAAUUUGGGUUUUUUCGAAUGAAUAAGAAAAUAUUAGUAUGUGUAACACAUCUAUUUCCUUGAUAUUUUUUUCAAAUGGUUACUAUGUUCUUGUUUCUUGUAUAGAAUAAUAUUUGUGUUUAUCA